UCUGUUCCCCAGACGCUUUAACAAAGUUAAUGUACAUACAAAACGAUCCAUUACAUAAUGUAACUUGAAACCUGGAUCACUUAGUAAGCGCAAAAUACAUACAAUCAUUGCGAGCUGUACUGUAUUUACAUGCGUGCAAAAAUCUCGGGCAAUUUUAACAGUUGUAAACAGUCGUGGAAAUGGUGCAAUUUUAACGGAAAUGAGACCAAGAAGAAAGAAACAGGAGAAUGUGGCAGCAGACUGCAUUGAUUCAGGGGAGGACCUCAAAGAUUUUGUUAUUGAACAUAUACCACCAAAAGGUCUUGGUGUUAGAACAACAAUAAAUAGAACAAAAGGAGAUUUCUUAAUGAUUUAUCCCGGCGAACUGAUAACAGAAAGAGAAGGGGAAGAACGUGAAGAACGUGAACCAUCCGUGUUUAGAUACUUCUUCCAAUAUAAAAGGAAAGGGUGGUGUAUGGAUGCUACUAGUGAAUUAGAUGUUGGGCCUCGGCUAGGUCGUCUGGUGAACCACGGUGGUAAAGGUAAAAAUUGUGUUAUGAAAACCCUGGAGUUCAACAAAAGGCCAUAUCUUUGCUUGUUUGCUGCUAAAGAUAUUCCACAAGGUGAAGAGUUACUGUAUGAUUACGGCAUUAAGGAUUUGCCUUGGGAGGUAUGUAUACUCAGAGCUUGUUACUCUUUUUUUCUCUUCUGAAGAUGGAAGGAUAUAUAGAAAUGACCCACGAUCUGAGAUUCAGGCUCAUACAACAGACUCACAUUGAGAAAGUAGGCUCAGUUUGUUUCAUUGUUUCAUUUCUGUCGUUUCUAAGAAGCAAAUUGAACACUUCUUUUUGUUUUAUGCCAUUUGUUUUCAUAAACAUUUAUGAUUUGAAAUCUAUUUACUGGACAGAAAUUACUAUUUAUUUACAAAGUAAACAUAUCAUUGUGCCCCACAUAGUUCUAUUACACAAUAGAACACAAAAUGUCAUUUUUUUAGCUCAAUUAUUCGAAGAAUAAGGAGAGCUAUACUAGUCACCCGAGCGUCGGCGUCCACGUCGGCGUAACCACUUAUGUUAAAGUUUGCAUACCAAGUACCACCUCAGAUGUUUUCAAAGUCCAUUGACAUAUGGCUUUAAAGGGAGAUGUGCAGGAUUGAUAAAUGGAACAGAUUUGUGAAAAGGGUCAGUUGAAUAUCAUUAUUUGAAGCUCAAAUAUUGAUUUACACCCGAAAUAUUUCAAACCAAUAUUUUAUCAAAAAAAGAUAUAUAAAUGGUGUUUUCUAUCCUAUGCGACGCGCAUAGGUUAGCUAUUUUUGUAUUUCCCACGUAAAGCCGUGGUGGUUUUUGGAUUGUCAUGUGAUCACUUCACCCAAAAUACGCAUUCGGUGUACCUUGCUGACUAUCGACGUCGCCAUUUGUUUCAAAAUGCCUGGGCCACCAUGAAUAGUAAGCUCAGCGAUGAGCUAAAUAUAGAAUGAUCGCUAAAUGUAGAAUGUAUUUUUGUAUAGGGAUUUCUUCAGCGGAUUGUUUUCAGGUCCGGUAAAAUUAAUCGAAAACUUCCUCCUGGAGGGUUUGAAGUGUAGAGUUUAGUGAAAAGUACACAUAAGUGUUACAAAAAUCGAUCUGUUCAUGAUUUUACAGAGAAAACCUGCUUGACCCGGCACAUCUCCCUUUAAGCACAACUACAUGAAAUAUGAUUGUUGGAAACUACCUAGCAUCCGCCUUUAGAACUGGCUAAUAAAUUUUUUAUAAAUUUACAGAGAAAAGCUGACACAGGUAAACACAGUUCAUGCUGUUGAAUGCAUUGUUGCAUGGUUUAAAUCUUAGACAAAAAAUGAAAUAUCCCAUAAUGUUGUAGGUAUUGAGGUAUGAUAAUUUCCUGCUGUAUAUUUACGCUGCUUAAAGUAGGCACAAAAUCAAUAUACCAUUAAAUAAAAUCUCAAGAUUAAGUUAAAGGUGAUAUUUUGCAUAUUUUCAAUUAUAGCUACAUCAUUGUUCUAUAUUCUAAUUAUCCUGUUCGGUUUUAUUGAAAAAAAAAAAUCAUUGAAUUUUGUUAUGUUUCAAAAACGAGAUGAGAUGAAACCAUGCAAUAGUGUCUGUGAGUUUAUUUUCAGUUCAUGUUGAAAAAAUUUAUUUACCCCCCCGCCAAAGGCAAGGGGUAUAUUAGAAAUGCCCUUCGUCCGCCCGUCCAAAACAAUUUUAUCCGGAGCAUAACUCCAACAAAGUGCUCAGGGUGAGCUAUUGUGACCGGCCUUUGUCCGUCGUCCGUUGUGCAUCAAAUUUUUUACUUAAACAUCUCCUCUGAAACUGCUCAUUGGAUUUUGACCAAACUUCACAGGAAUGGUCCCUAGGUGGUACCCUACCAAAGUUGUUCAGAUAGUUCUGAUUGGUUGCAUAAAUAGGUCACAGGGUCAAAAAAUAGGUUUUCAAAAUGCAAUUUUCAAAAAUCUGCUUGUCUAAAACUACAAGGCCCAGAGCUUUGAUAUUUGGUUUAUAGCAUCAUCUAGAGGUCCUCUACCAAGAUUGUUCAAAUUAUGCCCCUGGGGAUAAAAUUGACCCCGCCCUGGGGGUCACAAUUUUACAUUGAAUUAUAUAAGGAAAACUUCAAACGAAAGUCUUCUUAUCUUGACCGCUAAUAGGAAUUUGUCCAAACUCAAAAAGAAUGAUCCCUGGGUGGUCCCCUAGCAGAAUUGUUCAAAUGGUUCUGACUGGUUGUAUAAGUAGGUCACGGGGUCAAAGAUUAGGUUUUCAAAAUGCAAUUUUCAAAAAUCUUCUUGUCUGAAACUACAAGUCCCAGAGCUUUCAUAUUAAUUUGAUGUAUAACAUCAUCUAGAGGUCCUCUACCAAUAUUUGGUGGACAACAUUAGUGGUCCUCUGUAAAUGGCUCCACUGUGACCUUUGACCUUUUCCUAAGGUGAGCGACCCAGGACCCUUUGGGCCCUAUUGUUAAUAUUUAUGUGGAUACAUUGCAGUGCUCAUGCUGUCUGUUGACAUUGUCACCAUUUGCGAUAAUUUUAUAAAAAAAAUAUUUAAGAAUUGGUGGCCGCUACUGACAAUCUGGAGAACA